AUUUGUCGGUCGUAAAUGCUGACAAUUGUUAAUUCACGCAAAAUUAUUAUUGAACGCCAAAGUUUGUUUUGAUCGCUAUUGGCACUUCUUAUGAUAAUGUUUGAUAUUUUUAUCGGUCGAUUUACAAGUAACAAAAUGUAUCAUUUAUAGCUAUCGUAUUGAACGUGCAAUGGAGUUUAAUUUGCUGCACAAUAUCACUUUAAAAAAUGAGAAUUUCAGAUUUAAAGGAAUAAUAUAUGCAGUGGAUAUUCAUCGACAAGCCAUGAGAUUAUGCAAACUACUGCUGUCUAAAAUCGAGACAAUGUUAUUCUGUUUAAUAAUAAUUGGAGUAAUUGGUUUAAGUUUCAGUCUUUUUCGAAUAUUUCAAAUAAUAUCGUCCGAAGAAAAUGUUGAGGAAAUAUUUAUGCCCUUUCUACUUUCAAUUUGUAUUAUCGUAUAUAUGUUUAUAGCUAAUUAUAUCGGACAGGAUUUAAUAGAUCAUAAUAGUCACAUAUAUAUUACCGCGUAA